AUGAUUAGUGGGAGUUUGAUGUCUAAAAGGCUGCUAAAGCGUGCUGCGGGAUUGAAAGAGAUGAGUUACACGAGCGCUGAGAGUAACCAUAGCGAGUCACCAUUUACUGAUAAUGGAAGUGACUGCAGAAACAGAUGGGAAGGCAGUGAUCUGAAGAAAGGGCCAUGGAGUUCAGCUGAAGACAACAUUCUUAUUGACUAUGUGAAGAAGCAUGGCGAAGGUAACUGGAACGCUGUGCAGAAACACACGGGCCUGUUCCGCUGUGGUAAAAGCUGCCGCCUAAGGUGGGCUAAUCAUCUGAGGCCAAACUUGAAGAAAGGAGCAUUUAGCCUAGAAGAGGAACAGCUCAUUGUUGAACUGCAUGCCAAGAUGGGCAAUAGAUGGGCGCGUAUGGCUGCACAUCUACCUGGCCGAACAGAUAAUGAGAUUAAGAACUAUUGGAACACUCGCAUCAAGAGGCGACAACGAGCUGGUUUACCACUUUAUCCCCCUGAAACGUGUGUUGAAGUUCUGGAGUGGAGUCAAGAGUAUACCAAUGGCAGAAUUUUUGGAGGAGAUAGAAGACAUCAAGGUUACUUGCAGCUCGGGAGCUGUGAAUCUAAUGUCUUCUUUGACAGUCUUAACAUUGUUACCGACAUGCCACCUGCAUGCAAGAUUCUGGGAUAUGGUGCAAGUUCUCCUCGAUAUGAACACUUGAUGUCACCGAUAAUGCCUUCCUCGAAGCGACUUCGGGGAUCUGAGUCGUUGUAUCCUGGGUGCAGCAGUACCACAAAAGACGAACUUCCCUCAAUCGAACAUUUCCAUAACACAGCUCCACAUAAGAUUUCCAAAGUUUGCAGUUUCUCAGGUCCUCGUGGUGUUGAUCAUCUUCCUUAUGGAAACCAACAUUCACCUGUUAUGAUUCCAGAUGGCCAUACCCUUACGGAUGGCCUUGUUCCCACUUCGAGCCCCUCGUUUGGGGCAGUGAAGCUGGAGCUCCCUUCAUUCCAAUAUUCAGAAGCAACAUUUGAUCAGCGGAAGAAACCGGCACCUCCUCCACACUCAGAUAUCCUUGAUGCUUACAUUCAGUCUUCACCACCAACGGGGAGAGAGGAGUCGGAUUGUUUUUCAAACCGUGAUACCGGUCUGCUUGAUAUGUUGCUUCUGGAGGCCAAGAUCAGAAAUAAUAGUACAGAUAACAGUUUGUACAAGACUUGCGCUUCAACGACUCCAUCAGAUGCUGGCGAGGUUAGCGUAUCCCAGAUUAAAUCAGAGGAGUUUGACGAUUCUUUUAAGAGUUUGGUCCAUUCAGAGAUUUCAAUGUCCACACAACACGUUGCAGAUGGAGUCCCACCAAGACAGAGAGAGAAAGAGCGGAAACCCGUCUUGGAUGUAACACGGCCUGAUGUUUGGCUUGCAUCGAGCUGGCUCGACCAUGGUUUAGGGAUUGUGAAAGAGACUGGUAGCGUGAGCGACGCACUCGCGGUUCUUCUCGGUGAUGACAUGGGAGAUGACUAUAUGCAGAUGAGUGUUGGGGCGUCCUCAGGAGUUGGGUCUUGCGCUUGGACCAACAUGCCUCCUGUCUGUCAAAUGGCGGAACUACCCUAA